GACUUUGCGGCAGUCGUUCAUGAGAGAAUAAGCACGCUGGAGCUAUUUUGACAUAUUUUGUAGCCAUCCUUUUUUGGCUGUGGUGCUGCUCCCCUCAAAUUCUAUUCGUGAACAUUUAUUUUCAUUCAACCCUGCUCUGCAAACCAUCAGCCAUGGCCCUGUUCAGGAUCUGUUUGAGCCUGUUUCCGCUGUACGUCCAUCAGGUGGAUGCGCUAGCACAAAUCCACUUAAAGUGUCCAGAAAAAUUGGAAGCAGGAAUUGGUGAGAGAGUGAUUCUUUCUUGCGCCACAGACCCUCAAAUCAGUCUCAAAGUGAUCGAGUGGAUGAAAAAUGAGACUGAAGUUCAUGUAUACAGAAAAGGAGGAGAUGAUCUUGAACAACAGGGAAAGGACUACAAAGACAAAACUUCAGUCUUUGAACAGGAACUAUCAACAGGGAAUUGUUCCCUGCAAUUGUUGGUUUCUCAGUCUCAUAACGGGACAUACCAGUGCUUUGUUAGGGAAGGUGACAAAGACGUCAAUUGUUCUAUUAAGCUCAUUGUGCGUGGAAAAGAAACAACAAGCUCACCUCUGAACACACAAAUCCACUUAAAGUGUCCAGAAAAAUUGGAAGCAGGAAUUGGUGAGAGAGUGAUUCUUUCUUGCGCCACAGACCCUCAAAUCAGUCUCAAAGUGAUCGAGUGGAUGAAAAAUGAGACUGAAGUUCAUGUAUACAGAAAAGGAGGAGAUGUUCUUGAACAACAGGGAAAGGACUACAAAGACAAAACUUCAGUCUUUGAACAGGAACUAUCAACAGGGAAUUGUUCCCUGCAAUUGUUGGUUUCUCAGUCUCAUAACGGGACAUACCAGUGCUUUGUUAGGGAAGGUGACAAAGACGUCAAUUGUUCUAUUAAGCUCAUUGUGCGUGGAAAAGAAACAACAAGCUCACCUCUGAACAUGCGUGGAAAAGAAACAACAAGCUCACCUCUGAACAAUACCGUUCCUGACAGUCCAUCUACAUCUCCAAUAGCUAUUGGAGUAUGUGUUGCUGCUGUUCUUUUUGUUUUUGCUGCUGCUAUUCCUCUUAUUGUCUGUUGCUGUAAAAGAGAACCUGAAACAAGAAACGAGCAGGAAAUGAAUCCCCUAAAUUCACAGAACAACAACGGGGAUGUCAACGACGGGGGUGUCAACGAGAGGGAUGUCAACGACGGGGGUGUCAACGACGGGGGUGUCAACGACGGGGGUGUCAACGACGGGGGUGUCAACGGCGGGGAUGUCAACAGUCCUUAG